UAUGGCGAGAAUGCCUGGCAGCGGGGACUGUAACACCAGCGCGGGCGGCAGCGCCGCCGCAGCGGCCGAGAACAAUGGGGAGCGGGGCGAGGGCGAGCGCGGGGCCGGGGGCCGCGGCCGCCGCUACGGCCGCCCGCAUUACUGCAGCGCGGGCGAGGAGGAGGAGGAAGAGGAGGAGGAGGACGAGAUCCAGGAGGUGCAGAUAACGGGGGACGAGGAGGAGGACGGAGGUGGGGGGCUGGAGGAGGACGAGGAGGAGGAGGAAGAGGAGGAGAUGGGGAUGGACUGGGAAGAGCCCCUGGAGCCGGAGGACUCGGCCGGGGAGGAGCUGGAGCCCGAGCCGGUCCAUAUGAUCCAUAUGGACCAGAGCGCCGCGCUAGAGCCCGAGGCGCCGCCACGACUGCUGGCGCCCCGGGCCCGCGCGGGGCCGCCCGGGGACAGCGCGGAGCUGGACCCCGACGUGCUGCAGCGCCCCGAGCGGGCCCGGCUGAGCGAGAACACUCGGCUGGCCACCCGCUACGCCGUGCGCAUCUUCCGGGAGUACCUGAGCGAAAAGGCUCAGAGCCCGGACUUCGAGACCAUGGACAAGGGGGCGCUGUGCCGCGUGCUGCGCUCCUUCUAUGCCGAGGCCCGUUCUAAGAGCGGCCAGCUCUACAGCAAGUCCUCGCUCAUCAGCAUCCGCAGCUCCCUCAACCGCUACCUCAACGAGCCCCCUUACUGUCGCACGCUCGACCUCACCAAGGACCCGGAGCUGCGCAGCGCCAACCUGACGCUGGCCGCAGUCAUCCGUAAGCUCGAGGAGCAGGGCGCGGGGCCCGUGGUGCAGAAGCAAGCCAUCACGCGCGCCGACCUGCGCAAGCUCUACACCUCCAGCGUCUUCAGCACCAACACGCCCUUUGGGCUGCUCAACAAGGUCUGGUUCGAGACCUGCAUGUACUUCUGCACGCGAGGCCGCGAGAACCAGCGCGAGCUGGAGGAGGACUCCUUCGGGCUGGCCAUGGACGAGGACGGUCGCAAGUUUGUCUACUUCAAGUCGCUCGGGCCUUACCACAAGUCGCGCUCCUCGUCCUGGAGUAAGAAGCGUGCGGAGAGCAGCGACGAAGAGAACUUGCCUCGCAUGUACGAGACGGGCACUGAGUUCUGUCCUUAUGCCAGCUUUGUCAAGUACCUGUCUAAGCGCAACCCCCUCUGUAAGGCGUUCUUCCAGCGGCCCCGGGACCACUGCAGCGAGGGCGAUGUGACAUGGUACGAGAACAAAGCCAUAGGCAAGAACUUGCUGGGCACCAGGAUGCAGAUGCUCUCCAAGGCAGCCAAACUGUCCAAGACCUACACUAACCACUGCAUCGGCGCGGUUUCCAUCGCCACGCUCAACAGCAUCGCGGGCAUCGGGACCAAGCUAGGCUCCCCGGCCCCGCAGGGCUGCUAUACAGACUCUCUGAACGGGUCAGCUCGUCACCACUCCCACCAUGCCCCCACCCAUCCUUCCCACCACCACCGCCCCCAGCCGCCCUCGUUGGGUAACACGUAUAUCCUUCCCAAAGACAGCCAGGUCGGGCCCGACGUGAAGUCCGAGGCUGCGCCCAAGCGCGCGCUGUACGAGUCAGUGUUCGGGUCCGGGGAAAUCUGCGGCCCUUCUUCCCCCAAAAGACUUUGUAUCCGUCCCUCCUCGGAACCUGUGGAUGCGGUGGUGGUGGUUUCCGUGAAACAUGACCCCCUGCCUCUUCUUCCAGAAGUCAAUGGGCACCGAAGCACCAAUUCUCCCACCAUAGUUUCACCUGCUAUUGUUUCCCCCACCCAGGACAGUCGGCCCAAUAUGUCAAGACCUCUGAUCACUAGAUCCCCUGCAUCGCCACUGAACAACCAAGGCAUUCCGACUCCAGCGCAGCUCACCAAGUCCAAUGCACCCGUCCACAUCGAUGUGGGCGGCCACAUGUACACCAGCAGCCUGGCCACCCUCACCAAAUACCCUGAAUCAAGAAUUGGAAGACUUUUUGAUGGUACAGAGCCCAUUGUUCUGGACAGUCUCAAACAGCACUAUUUCAUUGACAGAGACGGGCAGAUGUUCAGAUAUAUCUUGAAUUUUCUACGAACAUCAAAACUCCUCAUUCCUGAUGAUUUCAAGGACUAUACUUUGUUAUAUGAAGAGGCAAAAUACUUUCAACUUCAGCCAAUGUUACUGGAGAUGGAGCGAUGGAAACAGGACAGAGAAACUGGCCGCUUUUCACGGCCCUGCGAGUGCCUCGUGGUGCGUGUGGCCCCAGACCUUGGAGAAAGAAUCACGCUCAGUGGGGACAAGUCCUUGAUAGAAGAAGUGUUUCCUGAGAUCGGCGACGUGAUGUGCAACUCGGUCAACGCAGGCUGGAAUCACGACUCAACACAUGUCAUCAGGUUUCCAUUAAACGGCUACUGCCACCUCAAUUCAGUGCAGGUCCUUGAGCGGUUGCAGCAAAGAGGAUUUGAAAUUGUGGGUUCCUGUGGAGGAGGAGUGGACUCGUCCCAGUUCAGUGAAUAUGUCCUCCGACGGGAACUGAGGCGGACACCCCGAGUACCCUCAGUUAUCCGGAUAAAACAGGAACCACUGGACUAAACAGACAUAUUUCUUAUGCAAAAAGAAAACAUACACAACCAAUAACAAUCUGAGAAAAGGGACAUUUUGUGUGCAGCUGGGACAGUAAACCAAGCUCUGAACCUAAAAUUGAAUAAAAGACAUUUAUAUCCACUAGAAA